CUGAGCAAAGGGGGGGGGGAAUAGAGGAAGUCUUCCUCUGCAACUGUGGUUCCAUUUCUGUCUCUCGCUGUUGCACAAAGAGUUGUUAAAGGAGUGAAAGCUCUGCUGCUAGCAACUCUAUCAUGUCCCCUGGAAAAGCUUGGUGAAUCGAGACGAUAAUUGGCCCAUCCUGGUGGUAGGUUAAUCUUGGCCACCAAGCUGGAGAGCAGACAGGAAGAAGGCCAUGGGCAGCAAGGAACGCUUCCAUUGGCAGAGCCACAACGUCAAACAGAGUGGGGUGGAUGACAUGGUCUUGCUCUCCAAAAUUAAUGAAGAUGCCAUAGUUGAAAAUCUGAAGAAACGUUUCAUGGAUGAUUAUAUUUUUACCUACAUCGGACCAGUCCUUAUAUCUGUCAACCCCUUUAAGCAGAUGCCCUACUUUACAGACCGAGAAGUUGAACUCUAUCAAGGAGCAGCUCAGUACGAGAAUCCACCUCACAUCUAUGCACUCACAGACAACAUGUACCGCGAUAUGCUCAUUGAUGGAGAGAACCAGUGUGUUAUCAUCAGUGGUGAAAGUGGUGCUGGGAAAACAGUGGCUGCGAAAUACAUCAUGGGAUACAUUUCCAAGGUGUCAGGAGGGGGCGAAAAGGUGCAGCAUGUCAAAGACAUCAUUCUCCAGUCCAAUCCAUUGCUUGAAGCCUUUGGCAACGCCAAGACCGUGAGAAAUAAUAACUCCAGUCGAUUCGGGAAAUACUUUGAGAUCCAGUUCAGUCGUGGAGGUGAGCCCGACGGAGGAAAGAUUUCCAAUUUCUUGCUGGAAAAAUCCCGGGUGGUGAGCCAAAACGAGAGUGAAAGGAACUUCCACAUCUAUUACCAGCUUAUUGAGGGGGCUUCUCAAGAUCAGAAACACAAUCUGGGCAUUAUGAGCCCAGAUUAUUAUUAUUAUUUAAGCCAGUCGGAGACAUACAAAGUGGAUGGCACAGAUGAUCGUAGUGAAUUCCAUGAGACCAUG